AAUUUCCAAGUCCCUUAACUCUCGAUCCACUACUUGCAUCACCCAGCUGCUUGGGUCUGUGGUCAUUGCGCCUUGCUUCUUGCCUACCUUUCAGCUGGUGUUAGUCCUGCCUUGUGCACUACAGUACCUUACCACAUACCUGCUACCUGCCUGCCUGCCGACUACUAGUGGUAGUACUGGACUUACACUCCGGAAACAACCCCACGAAACUGAAACUUGAAUCUUGCUCUCCACGGUUCAGCCGCCCCUUGCAGUUUCAUUUCCAUCCACAAUGGCACCUGCUCAUCGUCGUGGACCCUGGGUCCCAGAGGAGGAUCAGCUACUCCUACAGUUGGUUCGCGAACAAGGCCCCAACAACUGGGUUCGUAUUUCUCAGCACAUGCACUAUCGCUCUCCCAAGCAAUGCCGGGAGCGAUUCCACCAGAACCUGAAGCCCUCAUUGAAUCGCGAGCCAAUUUCGGCUGAAGAAGGCUUGAUGAUUGAGCGCAUGGUGAAUGAGAUGGGCAAACGGUGGGCUGAGAUUGCCCGGCGUCUGGGGAAUCGUAGCGACAAUGCGGUCAAGAACUGGUGGAAUGGCAGCAUGAACCGCAAGAGACGAGGCCUGCCCACUUCUCCUCACUCCGGACGCACUCUUCACGGACGGAUCGAAGCUCCCUAUGCACGCACUUCUUUGGCUCUGAGCAGCCCCGUUAGCCGAUCCCGCUACUCCUCUAUCUCCAGCGAGAGACCGAUUUCCUCUUGGACCAAGUCUCCCUCUUCCCGCCGGGAAUCCUUCUCAGCAUCUUCCAUCAACUGCCCUCGGCAGUUGACGCCCAUCUUUACUCUUCCCGCCCUCAACCGCCCAGUGGAAACGCCUUUGACUUCGCCCACCUACUCAGAUGCCCCCUCAAUGGAGCCACCAUCGAUGGUCUCGGAUCACAACUCGGUCUCUUCCUCGCCCAGAACCGUCGCCUCUCCUCAACUUCUCCCUGUGCCGGUGGAUAUGAGACACCUCUAUGGCGAUGCUCGCAGACAAAGCGCAUCAUCCUUCCAAACAACCGACGAAAGCUACCUCCCCAAUCCCUACUACGGCAUCAAAACGCUGGAACCCCUUUCAGAUCUGUCUUUCAAGCAACGAUGGACUUCCGACUACCAGCCGUGGAACCGACCAUCUUCGUUAUCAUCACCUACCUGGUCUGUCGCUUCAGAAGAUAAGACCGACUCGCCACGUGAUUCCCGCAUGGGUCUGCAAAAUCUGCUCAACUGAUUUACGGUGGUCAUUUCGUUGACCUGCUGAGAACGAUUGCAUGACUCCUUCUACCUCACCACGAUAUCUCCAGCCAUUUCUCUGUAUAUUUGAGAGCUCCGACCGACCCUUGUCAUUCUUUCCUCAUCGUUUCCCUAUUUUUCCUUUGUAUUCAUACCAUGUACAUUGUUUUCAUCUAUGGUUCGGGCUAUCUCCACGGCGGGUCACGUGGCAAGCGACCGAACCGUUUUUCUUACGGUACAAGAAAAGUAUUCGGGAGAAUAUCCGGUGUUUCUUUUUCUGUUUGAUCUCUCCUUUGUUUACUGAUGACCUUUUAACUAUGGUGCGCACUACUUCUGGGUAUAGAGCGGGCCAGAGUCGGAGAAUGUGUUUUGUAUAAGUCGGUUCUGAUUCUUUCGGCCAUUUUGUGAGCUUGGACUUAAUAAUACCCCAUUGGUUGUUUUUGGUUUAUUACAAUGUUUUGACACGC